AUGAAUCUAGCACGACAUUCCAUAAGUGCUACGAAAGCUGUACAUAUUAUCGAUGCUCGUUUCGACCCAGAAUGCAAGGUCUUCACCGCGGCUACCCCAGCUGGCUUCGCGGUCUACAAUACCUUGCCCCUUAACCUGAUUCGGAAGCGAGAACUCGUUGGAGGGACGCUUGCCACUGUCUUGCCAUUACACACGACCAACCUCCUCUUCCUGCUCGGUGGUGGCCGCAGUCCGCUGUACCCACCAAAUAAGGUCAUCCUAUGGGACGAUGCGCUGGGAAAGGAGGUCGCCGAGUUGGAGUUUAGAGAAAGAGUUAGGGGAAUUGCUUGCAGAAGAGGAUGGCUCGCGGUUUCCUUGAGACGGAGAGUUGUCGUGUUUGAAGUGGGCAAAACUGUCAAGCGCUACAACGAAUGGGACACCUGCGACAAUCCACGAGGGCUACUGGCCAUGGCUACUGCACCCCAUUCGACUCUGCUGGCGAUCGCUGGUCGUCAGACGGGACAUGUCCAAUUGAUUCACCUCCCACCUUGUCCUUUACCAGAAUCCCGAGAUCCGCCUGGCUCUUCUCCUCCCUCAAAGCCGCCACCACCUCCGGCGAAACAUCCUGUAUCGAUAAUUGUUGCUCACAAGACAGCCCUAGCCACACUCUCCCUUCCACCGUCCGGUCGACUCCUCGCUACGACAUCAACACGAGGUACCCUUAUUCGGAUCUGGGACACGCUCUCUGGGAAACUUGUCAAAGAGCUGCGUAGAGGGACGGAUAAGGCGGAGAUCUAUGGAGUCGCAUUCAGGCCCGAUGAACAGGACCUGUGUGUAUGGAGUGACAAAGGCACGGUGCAUGUCUUCUCCCUAGGGCUAGCUGGUGCAUCGAAUCGACAGUCCACAUUCUCGCCUCUCUCGCCUUUUAUCCCUCUUCCGAGGUACUUUGAAUCUGAAUGGUCCUACGCGCAAUACCGCAUUCCAGUGCAGUCAGCCCACAUUUCACUAUCAUCGACGUCGAAAGGUUCUACCGGAGACGAGCCUGAGGAAGAAAGAUGUGUUGUAGGUUGGGUUGACGUUGCUGCCCCGGACGAGAAUAGUUCUCGUGGUCCGGUACCCGAAUACCAACUUAUUGCCUUGACCUUCACUGGUGGCUGGUAUCGACUGGCUCUGCCCCCAGUCCGCAACACGGGUACUAAGGAGGCAUCGUCGUUGUUGAAGGCUGCCUCCAAGCUCUCCCCCACGAAGAAGCGUAGCUCCAGCAUAUCCUCCAGGUCCUCAGAUAAAGGCAAGGAGAAAGAGUCGGACCCGAAGGAGAAGCAGAGUCGGGACUGUAUUCUUGUGGAAUACCGCAAAUAUGGUCGUUGGGAUGGCUGGGGCUAA